CCAUCAAUGCAUUCACAGCAGACUGGAGCAGCAGACCCCCUCCCACACACAUGCAUGCGGGUGCAUUUUACCAUCACACAGAGGUAACAGAGGAAUGGAAGACAGAGAAGAGUCUUGCCCUCUUUUCACCACUUUUGUGUAUAAUGUUUCUCCAUGGGAGGCCUCAGGCAAGGCACAGAGUGUGUCCUUUGUUGCUAUUUACCUGGCUUUUAGUGUGAUGAUCUAGCUACCGCCUUCCUCACAAGCCUCAGCUGGACUCACCUCCAAUCCUUUGCAGAAAAUCUCUGGCAUGGAAAUACUGCACUAAUAAAUCAAUGUGGGAGACACAGCGACAAGAAAGCAGUUCAGCAGCCUGAGAAAAUGACAGAUAGACUGUGACAGAUGGGAGUACGGAUUUGCGUCAAGAAUGCAAUAUGGAAAACAAAGAAAUGUUUAGGGGGGCAUCAGGGAAUUUCAUCUUUGAUUUUUGGAGGUUUUACAGGAAGCAAUGACAUGUAAAGAGGAUCACUACACAGCACCAGCAUCUGUUAUCGGGUCAAGCACUUCUACCUAAUCGAAGUAAUGUGUUGAAGAUCAGCAAACCUGCAUAGUGCUUGAAAGCGCAAGCACUGGUAUGAGGAAGCAAAUUUCUACUGAAGUAUGAUGAAGCUUUGCUGUUAUUGAAAAGAAGAGAGCAGUGAGGAGCAGUGUGUCCCAGAAAUGCUCAUCAGCAACAUGUCAUCCUUUCUCUAGCUCUGCCUGGGGUCCAAACAUACCCAACUGCCAACUUUCUACCAUCAGAUAACCCUCAGGCUUCUCAUAACACGUGUUUGACCUCACUAAAUUGCACCACCACACUUUUACCAAGCAGCACAUAUCCGUAACAUGCAGUGGCGACGGCGACACUGCUGUCCAAUCAAGAUGACAUGGAAUAUCAAGAGGUCACUCUUCCGUAUGCACAUGAUGGGUCUGCUUUUGCUGGCCUUACUUUUCACCAUCUUUCUCAACUGCAAAGACUGGCUACCCAGUCAAUCAGGACUACGAGAAAACACUGUGGCCUACACAAUGCAUGACUUGCACCCAGUAAAGGAACAAGCUGAGGGCAACCAAAGCUCACUGCAAAGCCUCUGGAGGGAGUCACUUUUUGUUCCUUCUAAGCCGCCUAUGAACUUCAGUUCUCACCAAUCAGAGGUUGCAGUCCAAAGCAUCUCAGGAAUGGAAGCAUCCCUCAGCACUAACAAAACAAAUGGCAAUACCUUGCACAGAGAAAUGGGUGUGGGAGAGCAGCUGGCACCAAAUCCAUACAGGUAUUUGCUGAAUGAGCCCUACAAAUGUCAAGACAGCAGCCCCUUUCUCAUUCUGCUCAUUGCAGUAGAGCCAGGACAUGUGGAGGCCAGGAAUGCCAUCAGGCAAACAUGGGGAAACGAGAGCAUGUUCAUGGAUGUGGGCUUUGUGCGUCUCUUUCUCAUGGGCAUGAAAAGCAGUCCUGAUGGCCACCCUCAGAGCACCAUUGUGGAAGAAAGCUUCCAGCACCAUGAUAUCAUACAGCAGGACUUCACGGACACUUACUACAAUCUUACCAUCAAGACGCUGAUGGGCAUGAACUGGGUUGCCGAGUAUUGUCCUCAUACCAGGUAUGUCAUGAAGACUGAUAGCGACAUGUUUGUCAAUACAGAGUAUUUAAUCCAAAAGCUGCUGAAGCCAGAGUUACCGCCUCAGCACAACUAUUUUACCGGCUACCUAAUGCGAGGAUAUGCACCAAAUCGCAACAAAGACAGCAAGUGGUACAUGCCUCCAGAGCUCUAUUCCAGUGAGAGGUACCCCAUCUUUUGUUCUGGCACAGGCUAUGUGUUCUCUGGAGACAUGGCAGGCAAGAUCUACCAGGCAUCAUUAAGUAUACGUCGUCUGCAUCUUGAGGACGUAUAUGUUGGGAUCUGCUUAGCAAAGCUGCGUAUUGAUCCUGUGCCACCGCCAAAUGAGUUUCUCUUCAACCACUGGAGAGUAUCCUACUCAAGCUGCAAAUACAGUCACCUUAUCACUUCCCACCAGUUUCAGCCGAGUGAACUCAUCAAGUACUGGAACCACUUGCAGAGCAACAAGCACAAUGCUUGCAUCAACAUGGCAAAGGAGAAGAGCAGCAAAAUGCAUCACAGGAAGUUGGAAUGGGAAAGGCUUCGGUGAUGACUACAAGCAUGAUUCAGUGCAACAAUAUAUUUUAAAGCAUGUGUGAAAUCAAUCAGUACACUAAUAUAGGAAAGAGCACAGUUUCUGUCAUUAUGUAAAGUCAAUUAAAACUAUUUUUAAAAUUUGAUAGAUGUUAUGUAUUGUAAAUCUGUUUAGCUAUUUUUAAAAGGGAUGUGAGGUAAAUGUUAUGUGCAAUAUAUUGCAUGCACAAAAAGUAUCAUAGGUGAGAUCACCUUUUUCAGGUGCCAAGAAAAAUUACAAUGCAACAAUUUAUCUCCAAGCUUUACUAAUAUUUAUUGGUAGAUAUGGUAGAUAUAUAUAUAUAUAUAUAUAUAUAUAUAUAUAUAUAUACACACACUCACCAGCCUGCCACA